AUGCCCGCUGACUUGGUCGAGCUCAUCGGCUGGCUGGUGCUCGCGGGCGACGACCUGCGCGGCUACGUCCGCUUCCGCUCCGUGUGCACGCACGUGCGGUCCAGCACACCAUGCCCGCGCGCAAAUGGCAUCGCCAUCCCGCGCUUCCACCCGCGACGGUGGACGAUGCUGCCCGAGGGCCACGACCUCCACCUUGAAGAUGGCCGGAUGCGUUUCCUCAACCUCGACACCGGAGCGUUUGUCCGCCCCCGGCUCCCUCUUCUCGACGACCAUCGCAUCAUCUGCCCGGUCGACGGCCUCCUCCUCCUGCAGCGGCACCGGCAACAUGAUAAUGAAAACGGCGAUGAUCUAUGCCUGCUUCACCCCUUCACGGGGACUGUUGCCAAGUUCCCGCCAAUCACGUAUGUCACGAUGAGCUUGGGAUCAAUACAUUGGAGUUCACGCAUGGAGCGUCCUUACUUGUCGCCAGGCAGGAUGACUGCCUCCUUGAGCAUUCGUGCUGUCAGAGUUCCUAUGCUCAUGAUCGUGCUUCUAGAUUUGUCGCGUGUGGUAUUCGCUACCACCAACGACAAGCAAUGGAGUUUCUCGGCCUGGACCUUCUCCCUGGAUAACAGCAUCAUAACAUCAUCUCAAGGCAAAUUUUACAUGCUGCAGAAGCCCGCGUCAUCGAGCACCAAUGAACCACGGAUUUUUCAGAUCGACCCACCUCGCCAUGAAAAGACGUCUGGAUUCAGCACGACUUCGUUUCAGCCACCCGAGGUGAUCGCCAUAUGUCCAAAGGGCAAGAUCCACACUCCUUUUGAACUGAUAGAAUGUGACUCGGAGAUAUUGCUCGUCGGUUCCAGCAGCGAGCACUCCAAGCGCAUGGUAGUGUACAACGUAGCGGAUCUCGUCCUCGGAAGAGUUGUCCCAUUGAAAAGCAUCGGGGGCAAUGCUCUCCUUAUUGAUAUUGCAAGCAGCGAAACUGUCAUCAGAAGGAGUCUGAGUGUCGGUUUUAAGGUUGUUCCUACCAUUACAGGUGACACCAUUGUACGCAGGGAUCCUACACGUUAUAGAUGUCUUGAACAAUAUCACCUCGGUAAUGGAACUUGGUCAUCAAGAGCGGUGGUGUGCGCCAAACAUGAUGUUCACGGGCGUUGCACUUGUGGCCUCAUCAACCAUAUGUACGGUGUCUGCCAUUGUUUUUGUUAUUAA